AUGGUAAGCAGUGGUCGGAUGUCUGCGGGGGUGGUGAGGGACGGGGAGGGGGUCGAGGGAGGGGGGGGCUCCGUGAAAGUGUCCGAGGAGGCUGUAUAUGAGAAUGGAGACGGCUCGCGCGCCACACUCGGCGACCUGCAGGUGAGUUUAAUAGCUCACUUUGAAGUAUCUACAAUGAAGUGUUUGUUGGUGUUGUGCGCGCUGGUUGCUGCGGCAGCUUGCUACCCUCAGCGCGAGGGAGCCGCCUACAGUAAGGAGGCCAUCAAGCAAGCACAGAGCACCUCACUCAUCCCAAAGGACGCCAUCAUACAAAAGGUCCAGGAAGGAGUGGAGCUGGCAGCCUAUGAGUCUAUCCCCGGGAAUCAGAGGAUCAAUCUGUUCGAGAUCCUCGGAGACCAGCUGCCCUCGGAGGUCAUCAACAACCUGCAGAGCCAGAUCGACCACGUCGGACAGAACUAG